AUGACGCAUAUCAGAACCUCAGCCCUCAAAAUACCAGUCGAUAUCGCACAGUAUAUUUUCACUAGAUUGCAUCAAAUGGGUAUUCGGUCAAUCCAUGGAGUUCCGGGUGACUCUAAUUUGGCGUCGUUGGACUACCUCCCUAAUGCGGGUCUUAAAUGGGUGGGUAAUGUGAAUGAACUGAAUGCAGGAUAUGCUGCAGAUGGGUAUGCCAGAGUCAAGGGCAUCUCUGCACUAAUCACAACUUUUGGAGUCGGGGAACUUUCAGCAGUCAAUGCCAUCGCAGGUGCUUACGCCGAGAAUGUUCCUAUCGUUCAUAUUGUUGGAACACCGUCAAGAAUAUCACAACAAGAGGGACUAAUCCUCCACGCCACACUGGGCAAUGGCAAGUAUAAUAUCUUCUCGGAUAUGUAUAGGCAGAUUUCAUGUGCCAUUGGAGAACUCCGCGACCCAUCUGUUGCAGCAACCGUAAUUGAUCAUACCUUACAACAAUGCUGGCUUAAAAGUCAACCUGUCUACAUCUCUUUACCUACCGAUAUGGUCAAGCAGAAGAUUGAGGGAGAGAAUUUAAACACCCCUAUUGAUCUGAAGCACGGUGUCAAUGAUGCCGCAGAAGAGGACGAUGUUGUCGGAGUUAUCUUGAACAGACUUGUCGCAGCGAAAACCCCAAUUAUCCUCGUGGAUGGUGGUGCCCGUCGUUCCCAGAUGCUCGAAACCGUUCAUUUGCUCAUCAACAAGACAAGAUUGCCGGUCUUCGUCACCCCUAUGGGCAAAGGAGCUGUAGAUGAGACGGAUGAGAACUAUGGGGGACUCUACGCCGGGGAUGGCAGCCAGCCCGAGGUUCAAAAGCGUGUCGAGUCCUCUGAUCUGGUUUUAAUGAUCGGACCAGUUAAGAGCGAUAUAAACACUGCAGGCUUUUCAUCUAAGAUAACCCAGCAAAAGGUUAUCGAGUUCUACGGCACACAUAUUAGAGUGGGAUAUUCAAGCUAUAUAGGAAUUAAAAUGAGAGACGUUCUCCGGAGAAUCUCUAACCAGGUCGACCUAUCCAAACUCCCAGUCCAUACAAAUCCGGCACCCAAGAUAGUUAAAGAGCACAAUGACGGAUCGCCUAAUAUCACUCAUACCUGGUUCUGGUCUAAAGUAAGCAGCUUCUUGAAGGCAAACGAUAUUGUUAUCACAGAGACUGGGUCUCCGAGUUUCGGUAUACUAGACACCAAGUUUCCCAAGGGUGUUUGUACUCUUAGCCAAAUUCUCUGGGGCAGUAUUGGAUAUUCUGUUGGCGCUUGCCAGGGAGCUGCUCUUGCUGCACGUGACUCUGGAGAUGAGGACCGGCGAAUUCUCCUCUUUGUCGGGGAUGGGUCGUUCCAACUUACUUGCCAGGAGAUCUCGACUAUAAUUCGUCUGGGGCUAAAGCCCAUCAUUUUCAUCAUCUGCAACGAAGGGUAUACAACAGAGCGCUUUAUCCAUGGCAUGCAUGCUAGUUACAAUAACAUCCAACCUUGGUUGUUUAAGAAUAUUAUCAAGGCAUUUGGUGCUAAGGAGGGCUUCUACAAAUCCUACCAAGUAAAAAGCAAAGACGGGGUCACUAAACUCUUUGAAGAUAAGGAAUUCAAUGAGUGCAAUGUCUUGCAAUUGGUCGAGUUACAUAUGCCUAAAGAUGAUGCUCCACGAGCCUUGAGAGUAAUAGCUCAAGCGUUGGGAAAGUGA